GACUAGUAUUCUUCCUUCCUUCCUUUUACGUGUUAUUCUCCACGAUAACGCGUACCACUUCCCAUCAAAAAGCUUCAAACUCAAUAAAUAUCCUAACCAUUCUCAGAUCGACAAACCCAAGUUUUUUUUUGGAUUUUGCAGAUUCAGUAUCACAAUGAGUUUUAUAUUCGGCAAGAAGAAAACACCCGCAGAACUCCUGCGGGAGAACAAGAGAAUGAUAGAUAAAUCUAUUAGAGAAAUAGAAAGAGAGAGGCAAGGUUUGCAGACUCAAGAAAAGAAAUUAAUCGUAGAAAUCAAGAAAAGUGCCAAACAAGGUCAAAUGGGAGCUGUUAAGGUGAUGGCGAAGGACCUUAUCAGAACACGACACCAGAUUGAGAAGUUUUACAAGCUCAAAUCCCAACUGCAGGGUGUAUCACUUCGAAUUCAGACGUUGAAGUCAACACAAGCAAUGGGUGAAGCCAUGAAAGGCGUGACAAAGGCUAUGGGCCAGAUGAACAGGCAGAUGAACUUACCGUCAUUGCAGAAAAUAAUGCAAGAAUUUGAGAGGCAAAAUGAGAAAAUGGAAAUGGUAAGUGAGGUGAUGGGUGACGCUAUUGAUGAUGCCUUGGAAGGCGAUGAGGAAGAAGAUGAAACCGAAGAGUUGGUGAGUCAGGUCUUGGAUGAGAUUGGUAUCGACAUCAAUCAAGAGUUGAUGAAUGCACCUUCUGGGGCCGUAUCAGCCCCAGCUUCGAAGACCAAGUUGCCACAAGCUGAAGCAGCUGCCACUGAUGAUGGCGGGAUUGACAGUGAUUUACAGGCCAGAUUGGAUAAUUUAAGAAGGAUGUAAUUACGUAUAUAUGAUAUAAUAUCUAUCCUAUGUUGGCAUAGGAAAACUUAUACAACUUUACGCUUACGAAAUGAAAGGGGGUGUGGCUUGUGCAUGGAAAAAAGUGAUUGUUCAUAAAAUACAACAUCCUGCACAGAAAUGGAAGUUUGUUGAACUAAUCUCAUUAUUCUUCCAAUAUGCAUUAGAAAUCUUGUUAAUA